GUGCAUAAUAAUAUAGAGGUCCGGCCGUUCCCACCCCCGCGUCAUUUGUUCUCAAGUCCAUGGGAUCCCUGGCCAUCCUGGCUGGAUCUGGACAUCUCCUCGAGAAAAACCAACACGUCGCCCGGCUCUUUUAAUCGAACUUCUACUUUCUCUGUGCUUUGCUUCCGGAAAGCUAGCAACCAUGCCUGGCGGCUUCCACCCUCCCAAGGAGGUCAUGCUCAGCUGGCCUCCGAGAAAUUAUGUGAAUCCCGAGCAGAGGGGUGACGGCGUGGUCAUCUUGACUGGAGUGUUCGGUGUACUUAUGUUAAUCGUGGUUGGCCUACGGCUAUGGGUGCGCUUCAGGAUGCAGCGUGAGCCAGGCGUUGACGACUACAUUAUUGCUGGAGCUGUGCUACCGGCAAUUGGCUUGGCCGUCUGCAUGGGCCUGAUCAAUCCUCUACAUGAAGGGUACCGACAUAUCUGGGAUACCCCCAUUCAGAACUUCGUUGCAAUAAUAAAGCUGAACUGGGUUGCCCAAGUCUUUUUUCUCUUUAGCAACAUAUUAACAAAGAUCUCUGUUCUUGUGUUGUACAUGCGCGUGAUCAAAGGCACAGCAAACAAAAUCUUUCUUAAUGUGGUCAGAGGGGCUAUUGGCAUCCUUGUGGCCUAUGCCACUUCCGGUAUUGUCUUGCUGUGCCUGCAGUGCAAGCCGAUCACGGCAUAUUGGGACCAGUUCAACCUUUUAAAUCCACCCAAGGAAAAGUACACAUGUUGGGAUGAAGGCAUACUGCCUCUCUAUGCAGUCAUCUUCAAUGUUUUUACUGAUCUGAUGGUGACCUGUCUGCCCAUGUUCCUCUUUGUGCAGCUGAAGAUGCCAUUCAGAGAAAAGAUGUCACUUGCAGCCGUUUUUGGAAUGGGUUUCAUCGUUUGCAUUUCUGGCAUGAUCCGGAUAUACUACUACUAUACCAUUUUUUAUCGCACCUAUGAUAUUACCUGGGUUGCUUAUGAAGUAUGGAUAUGGACUGUGGUUGAAUGCAAUCUUGGAAUCAUCUGUGCCUCCAUCCCACCUCUCCGACCACUCUUCAAACGGUUCCUCCGAGGCACCUUGUACGGCAGCGGCUAUCCUCAGAACAGCUACUCAAGCCGAAGUAAGAACACCACCAACCCAGGCGAUCACUUCGAGCACGAUGCUCAGUCCUACCAUCUCCGAAAUACGCCGCGUCAUACCAAAUCCACCGAGUGGGACAAGGACAGCAAUUCUAGCUCCAUGCCACUGGAGCGCAAUCCUCGAGACGGGAUAAUGAGGACGGAUAACUUUGAGAUAACGUAUAAUCAUGGCCUGAGACCUCACGAGGCUCAUGCGCCAGUCUGAAAAGAUAAACAUGAAGCAUGGAAAAAGAAAAAAAAGAAAGA